AGGCGACUUUUUUACCAGUCGUCAGUGAAAAUUGGCUAAAAUUCAUCCAGAUUAAUUUUGUGUAUUGGCAAAACGGAUUUUUUUUAAAAAUUUUUCUCAAUAGAAUAUCUCAAAUAUCAACAAAGUGGAAUUUACAUUUAUUUAUAUGUAUAUAUGGUGGAAUUACCAUGGAUUUAUUAAAACUACUUUUGGUUCUACGAUUGAAAAUUCUAUUUUAACUAAAAGUUAAUCAGUAUAAACCAGAAAAAUAAGGACUAAUAAUACAGUAUGCUUGCUGAUGGUGAAUACGUCGAUGGAUCAUGGUUGUUAUCAGUUCACAUAGAUGAUUUGAAUAUUGAUCGUCAAAUUCGUGUACACGGUGAAUGGUCGAUUGGCGAGUUAUUAGUCCAGUUAACUGAAGGCCUGACAUGCCCACUGCCUAAACCACUGGGUCCAAAUGAAAUAAGCCUACGUUCAAGUUCUGUAAGAACUGGUUGGGGUGAUUAUGGUUUAUGGUGGCCAGCACGAUCAAAAUGGUUGUUAAGAACGCAAUCCAGCUUAAAUCAAUAUGGUUUGCAAGCAGACGCUAAACUACGCUUUCUAUCAAUCUAUGGAAGUUUACAUGUCCAGUUACCAGAUUUACAAAUUCGUGAAUUUGUUGAUGUUAAUUAUGCUGAACCAGUUUUUCGUGUCACUUUAUCUCUGUGUCGUUAUUUAAAUAUACGACAUCCUGAAGAAUUGUCACUUGCUCAUCCUAUUCAACAGAAUGACUUGAAACAUUCACGUUUUGCUCCAGGUUUUAUUGAUCGACGUUAUCAUACGAUAUCAUCGAUAGGUAGGCAUGCUACAUUUCAACGUAGUGCUACCAUAAACACGACACAUUCACAGUAUAAAACAUUGGGUCGAGAAUCGCUGUUCCAAAUGAAUGGAGUUAAUAAUACAAAUGAUGCCGAUAGACAGGAUAGAGCUAAUUCUGAAGGUGCAUCAAGAAAGAGUUCUUCUUCAUCAAGACAAUCCACGCAUCUUUUCGGCCCCCCAAGAAUCCGUGAUAAACGUACACAUUUCUAUCCAAAUUAUCAUCGAUAUUCACGUCCAGAUUCUGGGAAUUUCUCUAAAAUCACCUACUCUCCAAUUGCUUUCGAUUUACGUAUUCUAGAUGAUUCCUCGUUGGCAUUCAGUCCAAUGAUGAGUGUAGAAGAUGCGAUACAAAAAGGAUUGAUUGUUCGACCAAGUAAUUACACACAACGAGUUCGACUGAAUGCAGCCUGGUUAGACUCAUCUAAAUCUCUCUUGGAACAAGGGAUUGAUGCACGUGGUUAUUUGUCGAAGUUGGAUAAUUUAAACUCUCCUCCAAUUAGUCGACCAGCUUCACCAACUCACCUACAAAAUGGUGAUCAUCAGAACAAACCAACUAGUAAUGCUGGUAACGUCGUCAAUGCUAAUACGAACAACGCCAGCAAUAAUGUUAGUAAAGAGGAGGCUAAACCUCCAACACUUUUAUUACGCUACAAAUAUGGAACGUUUUAUGAUUUAAAUAUUAAAUAUGAUGCAAUUCGUAUUAAUCAGCUGUAUGAACAAGCUAAAUGGUCAAUUAUCUCAGAGAUAUUAGAAGUCACAGAUGAAGAGGCCUGUUUAUUUGCUGCGCUACAAGCUCAAGCUGAACUGGCCACUGAACAAGAAGCCCUGCUAAACGAUGAGAAUCUAUCACACAGCCAAGAGAUGAAUGGCAACACCGCCAAUACCACAGCUAACGGUACAACAAAUCAAUUACUCGAUAAUCUGCUAGAGAAGAGUAUUGCUGAAAAUUGUAAGACAAAUAUGAAAAAGAUAACAUCAACAAUGGUGAUACACAAUCGUGAUAUCUCUCCACUCGGUAGAUAUCUACACACAGGUCGGCAUAUUAAAACACUGUCAAGACCAAUGAGUGCCGUAGAGCUGGAUAGUGAAAUUGAUGCUCUGCUUGAAGAAUUAUCAAUGAACUGUCUAGAGAAUACAGAGGGUUGUCUACCAUCAGAUGGGAUUAAGACGCAGCAUCGUUCAAGGCCUAGACAACGGUCACCACGUCCACUGAGUCUGUUGGAUAAUAUGGAUGGCGGAAGCGACUUGUUACAGGAUACAAAUGACAGUGAUCCUGGUCUACCAGAGUUGAACACAUAUGUGAAGAUCUGUAAGCCAAGAAAAUUCGGUCUGAAAGUGUAUCGUCGUUAUUUUAUGGCUGUUAAACGAACUGAACUUUUCGUUUACAAGAAUAAAGACGACUACAAAUCAGAAAGUGAUGCAGCUGAAGUCAUCUAUCUGCCAGGAUGUGAAAUCCAACCAGAUCUAUGUGUUUCAUCAGAAAAAUUCAAUAUUCGUUUAUAUGUACCGGUGUCACGAACGAAUCUCCCACUGUCCACAGCAUUUGCAACUAACAGUCAUUUGGAUGAUUUACAAGCGGACGAUGAAGAUCCUACAGUCGGUACAAAAUUGAAACGUAGAGCCUCCUUGCUAUCGUUAACUUCACUGUCUCAUUUAAGCAAUGUACUCGGUAUAUCAUCGAAUGGAUCACACAAUGGACCUAUCGGUGUCAGUGGUAUCGGCGCAUUGAGCGGAUCGUCAGCAGCAAUGACUGGUCUAGUCAAUGAGCUGUGGUUACGCUUCCCUAGUUUAAAUGAUUACAUGGAUUGGUUGGCAAUAUUUCGAAUCACUACAGCUGUCCAUUCGACAGUUGUGCCUAGCCUGUGUACAGAUAUGCCAGACGCUGCUGCUGGAACUACAGGGACAAGAUCAACCAGUCCAGCAAAGAGGCAGAGGAAUAUUGCCUCAUAUCUAUUGAAUCGUGCAACAUUCGAUGCUGAGCGUAAAGCUAUCUCGAAUUUGAUGCAUUUAAUCUCACCCAGCAGUUUUAAAGCCGAUCAAACUGAUAAUAUUGUCAAUGUGACAAAGUUGCAUAACUACUUGGAAAAACGCCUAAUCGAUAUGCUCCCGUUACGAUUAGGUUAUAUGAAAGGUUCACAAAGAACCUGGGAUUAUAGACGGGAUCAAGUGGAUACACUGUCAAGACGUUCAGCAACUAUACUAAGUCAAGAUAAACCGCCUAUUCACCCGUCGACGAAUCAAUUUAUGCAGACUCGUAAUAGCCUUAUUCAACGUGUCUCAUCAACAUACACACAAAUAUACAAUUUGACAAGCCUGCAAGCUAAACUAAAGUAUAUCAAUGCCUGGGAACAGUUACGUCAACAUGGGAUUGUCUUUUUCCCAGCACGCAUUGAAGUGACUGUACCGCUGAAUAGUAUCUUAGGCAGUGGUGAUGCAUGCUCCCGAUCUGAAUAUGGCGGUACAAGUGGUUGGAUCCCUGGGAUCAAUAGACCAUCGAGCAGUGGGAAUGUCACUGUGUCAAUGAGUCGGAAAGCUGAGGCUGUGGGAAUCGGUGCAACAAGAAUUUACCGGUGUGAUUUAAGCAAUGGAGAAAUAUUAGCCAGUUGGAGAAUGUCAACAGUUCAAGGUUGGCAUAUUAAUUGGGAGUUGAGUGAAGUUGUGCUCAUGUUAGCCAGUCAAUUACAUCAUCAACAACAACAGCAGCAGCACCAACAAGUCCAGUCUAAAACCGACCAUUACACAACAAAGUCAUCCGAGUGUUCCGGUCGAGUGAUUAUCCGGCCAAUAGAUGUAUCCGUUAGAACUGUUGCUGAAUUUCUCGGUGGUUAUACAUUUUUGAAUUUAAGAGCUCCAGAGAAAAAUCAAUGUCUUGCUGAAGAUACCUUUUAUAAGUUGACCACGGGAAUGCCUUUACCGCCAAUAUGA